AUGCCAAAAGUGAGAAAAUCCAAAGGAGGGGGUGAGAAGAGAGGCGACUCGGACACGCUUGUUGAUCAAAUGCUACAGGGCGACACGGUUCGUAGUAAAGGUCGGGUGAAGAUUCGAGACGACCGGAUAGAGAGCGAUGACAACUACGUGGACGAACGUCUGUCAAGAAAAAUCUUGCGACAAGCCCGGAUUCAACAAGAGGAACUUCAGACCGAAUAUGGCUUGGCACCAGAGAAGAAGAAGGCACCCGUCACUCUCCUCGGUUCCUCCUCUCAAGAUGCAGAUUCAGAUGAUGAGUGGCCAGCACUGGGAGCAGCCGGUGAUGGUGACCAUGAUGCCGUAUGUGAGACUGAAGUUGUGGUCGACCCUGAUGACGAGAAAGCAAUUGAGAUGUUUAUGAAUAAGAACCCUCCAAUGAGGCGAACCCUUGCAGAUAUUAUAAUGGAGAAGAUAACAGAGAAACAGACAGAGGUGGGAACAGUGAUGUCCGAGGUUUCUGGCUGUCCAAUGCAUCAACUCGACCCAAGGGUAGUAGAAGUGUACAGAGGUGUGAAUAAGGUCCUGUCAAAAUAUCGUAGUGGAAAGUUGCCAAAGGCUUUCAAAAUAAUACCAGCGCUUUCAAACUGGGAGCAGGUCCUCUAUUUGACUGAGCCUGACACAUGGACGGCAGCUGCUAUGUUUCAAGCGACAAGAAUGUUUUCCUCCAAUCUGAAAGAGCGUAUGGCCCAGAGAUUCUACAACUUGGUGUUGUUGCCCAGAGUUCGGGAUGAUAUUGCUGAAUACAAAAGGCUCAACUUUCAUCUCUAUAGUGCUCUAAAGAAGGCAUUAUUCAAACCAGGGGCUUGGUUUAAAGGUAUACUGUUACCUUUGUGUGAAUCUGGGACAUGCACUCUACGAGAGGCGAUCAUCAUUGGGAGCAUCCUCACAAAAUGUUCUAUUCCUGUCCUCUACUCCAGCGCGGCGAUGCUCAAGUUGGCAGAAAUGGAAUACAACGGCGCCAACAGCAUUUUCCUGCGUCUGUUGCUCGACAAGAAAUACGCCCUGCCUUUCCGUGUUCUAGAUGCCUUGGUGGCUCACUUCCUGUCUUUCCGUAGUGAAAAGCGAGUGCUUCCUGUGCUCUGGCAUCAGAGCUUACUCACACUGGCUCAGCGCUAUAAGGCGGACCUGGCCUCCGAACAGAAGAUGGCGCUACUGGAGCUACUCAAGCUACAAACCCACCCUCAAAUAUCAGUGGAGAUCCGCAGAGAACUACAGAACUCUGAGUCGCGGGAUAUUGAAAUCGGAAUCCCUGUUAGUAUUGAUAUGGACUAA